CCGCCCUCCGCCCCUGGCAGGCAAGCAAUCGGACUGACACCAAGCCUAGGUCCGGCCAUCUUGUGUGUGACGGCGAGAGAGCGCUCUCUCUUCUGUUGUUCGGUGCGUGGCUGUCCCCCGCCGUGUGUCCGUAUCGUCCUCCGCUGCUCCACCGUGCCAAAACAGAAAUUUCGGGCCAGGAAAGAAGCCGCCCGGCAGACAUAUCUCUGCUGCAUCUGCCUGCGACAAAAGGAACGCGUCUCACCGUUCCUCAGCACACACGAUAUUUCGUCCAUACCAAGGAGGACAAUCGGCAGCAAAAAUAAAACAAAACAACAACAACAACAAAAAAAAACACUCAUACACGCAACUGGAAAAAGAAUAGGGCAACAAAAACAAAGCAUAAAGAAUAUAUUGGAAGCGCGCGCGAGGGAAACAGGGAAAAGGAAGGGAGACGACACCACACGGAAGGUUGAGGAGAGGGAAGGCGGGAGAGAGAGAGAGAGGACCCGGAAGUGACCGAAAUUCGCGCGUGUGUUAGUUGGAGUUGGUCUCUCAGUGUAUGCAGUGUGUGCGCGUCAGUGAGGUGUGUGAUUCUGUGCAUUUGUGUUUGUGCCAUCGAGUGCAACUAAAAUAAGAAGGACACGCAAAGAAUAUAUAAAAGGCGUUUUGACGAAGGAACAAAAUAAUAUCCAGUGAAAAUAAGUAAAAGCGCGACCGAAACGACGAUGUCUUCUCCUGUGACGAAGUGGAGCCGAAACGGAUGAGAACAAAUAAUAAUAGAAGAAAACGUAAACAACAGAGGAGCAUCGCACAGCAACGCAAUUAAUAACAAUAAUAGAAUCCCGUCCUGCAUCGGAUUUUCAGUUACCUGCGCGUCCAAAUGGUCCUUCGGAAUAAUAACGACCGCACUUGUCCACCAGUGAUCGGUUCGAUUUCAAAUAAAAUAGGAGAGAAAGAGAGCGAGAGGCAGUCUCUUCUCGUGAGCCGUCCGGUGAGGGGCACAGCACAGAUGAGUGAAGCCUUCCAACGCAACGGAAGAGUCGAAAAGCGGAGAAGUGGAAUAACACAAACACAUAUGUACGAGAGGAGCUAAAGAAAGAGUAGAAGAAGAAAAAAAGAAGAAGUAAAACGGGACGACCGCAAGAGAAACAGCAGAGAGGAGAAGAAGAAGCAAGUGGACGACGACGACUGGCGAAGAGUGAACGGGAAUGAAAUAAAUAAAAAAGAAAGGAUAAACAAGAUCGGAAAUACCUAACGUGCGGUGAUCAAAGAAGGCUCGAGGAGGCGGAGGAAAAAAUAAUACGAGAGAAGUGAAGAAACAAAAUAAAAGGGAGGACGAAAAGAGUGAAAAAGAAGAAGAAAGGAUCGAAGAUCGCGCAGAACAGGCUCACCUCAUGUGUACGUUUAUUAUGUGCGCGAUGAUGUUCCUGUGAUCGUUCAAGUGUUUUGUGCGCUAUUUCCAGCAGCGAAUUUCGUUUAAUAAGGAAGGACUAAAAAAUCCGCAAUGCAAGGUUAAACCAAAAAAUGGGUUGAAUUCUGUGAUGUCCGAUCCAAAACCGAACUAAAUUUUUGCGUAGCGAGGGCGUGCAAUGGAUAAGGAAAAUGGGAAGGGCAACGAUGGCAGUUCCGGUUCCAACAAGUUAUCAGCUUCCACCGACCCAGCGGCCCUUCUUGAUGCGGCCAGCCUCUUUGGUGCGUAUUGGCCUAGGGGCGAUGCCAGCGCUGCUAACUUGUUUGCAGCGGCGGCGGCAGGCGGAGCCUACGGCCUGGGGCCGCAUCCCUCCAUGCCCUUCUCGAUGCUGCCCCCAACUUCCGGCCGUGGCGUUUCAGCCUAUCCACCAGUAUCAAGCGCGGCGGCUUACAGCAAUGCAUAUACAAAUACACUGUCGGUGGCGGCGAGCCAAGCCGCUAGCCUAGGCAUACCGGCUGCAAGUGCUGCAUGGUGGUCCAUGGCUUCUCAGCUGGCUGCCCAAGAUUAUCUGGCAAGACUUCAGGCUUCUGGAAUAAACUUCACAGGUCUUGGUAAUCCCUCAGACCCUUAUGCAGCUGCUCUAGGUCUACCAUCACUUUCUGCCGCCCAUCACAAGCCCAUGAAGAGCUCAAAAUCUUCUUCGUCCUCAUCACUGCCCAAGGGUUCGAGCCACUCCAAUAAAGAUAAGUCCAGCUCUCAGAAAAACUCAGCCUCAUCGAAUAGCAACAAAGCCAUCAGCAGUGCAAAGUACUCAAGCAGUAGCAGUGGAGGCAGUCUGACCAUACAGCCCAGUCCGAAGAUGCACAACUCAUGCGGUGCACAUUCGAAUAACAAAUCUAAAGCAAAUGACCUCAGGCCUGUGGAAAGCAAAGCCUCCAGUCCCAAGCCACAGACAUCCAGUAUUUUUACUAGUCCACUAAGUCUAGCCAGUAACUCAGAGAGAAUUGAUUGCACCACUCCACCGCAAGCAACAUCUCAAGGUUCCAACCCAUCAACUCCAACUCUGCCUAAUAGCAUUUUAAGUGCUGCUUUGGAAGGAAGUGGUGAUCCAAAUUCAAUUCUUGGUGGUGUUAGAUUGCCGCCAGAUACGGAGAUAAUAAAGUAUACGUCAUCGAUCGUCGGUCCGAAGAUCCCUGGAACGACGAACCGUGGCAGGAAGAAGACAAUUUCCUUGGAUCCACCAUUGGUGAGCGUUCAUGCGACGCAUUCAAGUACGGGAAUGUUGAUAGAAAGAAACACGAAGCGUCAGAGGCUGGAUUCUUCUGGUUCCGAUCAGAAUAGUACCACUUCGAAUUCGGGAAACGAUCGGGUGGAGGUAAUCAAGCUGCCAGCCACCAACGGAAGUCCUUCCGGUUCGUUCACUAACAGCUUCGGAGAAGGCGAGGCACCUCUGAACCUCUCCUUGAAACCGACAACCAGCAAUAACAGUAGUUCCUCAUUGAACUCGCUUAGCAAUAUGUCUGCUAACAUUGGUCUGGAUAAUAGAAUAUCACGCAGAAAGCCUGGUCCCAAGCCUAGAAAGGUGCUUCAGACUCCUCCAACACUGCCUCCGGGUGCUCCUAGCGCAUCGCUGGUACAACUGUUUGCAACGGCAGACUCUCCUCGGCCACCGAGCCGCUCAGACAUAGAUACACCCUUAUGCACUGGAACUACUACGACGGCCAAUACUACGAUCACAUCGUUGCCCGCACCCAAUCACAAAGAUACUCGCCCCCGAAACCUUGGUAGGGGUGUGAGUAAACCCAAAAAGAACACAGUCGCCUCCCUGCUAGCGCAAAGCAGAGCAUUAGGAAUUAAACCUAUGCCCAUACUAGAUCCCAACGCCUCUAUGUCGCAACAAAUGUCGCUGCUAAAAUCGAACAUACUGGCAGCACAACAGUAUAUAGCAGAAGUAGGAGGUGACGAAAAAACAUUAAACAAAUUUUUGCAGGAGAAAUUCAGGGGUACUCUAAGCGAUUCUAGUACGGUCGAUGCCUCAACAGAUUCUGAUAAUCUUACAGAUUCUAAUCAGACUGACUCUGAGCUCGAGUCGGAGGUCGCUUCCGCUAAGAAGCAAAAGCAUUACGACGAGCGAGCACUGCGGGUACCUCUUGAGAAAGGGUGGAAAAGGGAAACGAUAAUAAGAGGUAUUACUAAGAACGGCGGAAUUAAGGGCGACGUCACUUACGUCGCAACAGACUCCAGCAACAAGUUCAAGCAGAUGUCCGACAUCACACAAUAUCUGGACUACCAGAAAAAUAACGACUUGUCGAAGGAAAACUUCACGUUCAGCUGUCGUGUCAUCCUCGGGGAUUAUCUUCAAGCGAUGCCCCCAGAAUUCGUUCAGGAAGGUGGGGAAUUUGUUAGGAUGACUGAGGACGAGGUUUCCAAACGUUUGGAAGAGCUCAGGGCGGCUAUGCGAACAAGUUUACCAGUGGAACAAAGGAUAGAAGUUGCUCGGAGGCAGCAGGCAGCGAGGGCUGCAGCAAGACUAGACAGGGAACAGGCGAGGAUAGCGCGAGAGAUCGAACGGUCAGAAAGACAGGAGGCGGCACGCAGGGACCGCGAAGUUCGCACCCAACAGCUGAUGGAGGGCCGCAAGCGUCUAGCGUUCACUUUAGAACAGAAAGUUCAGAUAAUAUGCGAGAUCGAGGGCGGCAAAACGAAAUCGGACGUGUCCAGAGAACUGGGCUUGGCCAGUUCGACGGUCGCCACGAUUUGGAAGAACCGUGACCCCAUUAUCCGUGCGUACGGUUCGAGUCAAUGUGACGAGCAUAAAUUUGCCCCAACCCUCGUUGACACCGAUUCGGCCAAACGAAAAAGGCAGGAGGAGAUCGAGAAGCACAAGCAGGAAGAGCAACACAGGAAACAGCAGGAGAGAGAGCUGAAAAGGCAACAGACUGCUAUGCUGAAGGAACAGAUGUACAUACAGGAAAUCAGUAAACAGCGAGAGUUGCUCUACACUGUCGAACUGGAGCGGGAGCGCAGGCGGCAACAUAUGUCAUUGGUGAAAGCAUUGGAGAAUCGUAGGAAGUUGGAGGAGAGAGAACGCAAGAAGCAGCAAUUGUUGGCGGAAAAACAGGCGAAUAAAGAGAAGAAGAUGGAGCAGCGUAGGAUCGAAUUGGAGAUCCUUGCAGAGCUGCGAAAGCCGUGCGAAGAUCUGGAACUGGAUCAGAAGAGUUUGCCAGAGUACGAGCGGAUUCCUGGCCUCAAAAUGUCGGGCAAGGCAUUUGGUGAUACACUCAUGGUCUUCGAAUUCCUUCACAACUUUGGGGAAACUCUAGGUUUUGAUAUGGAAUCAUUGCCAACUCUUGAUUCACUUCAAACUGCUUUGCUUAGCAAUGAUGGAUCGGCUGAAGCCGAGGAAGAGUUGCUAUCAGUGAUGACACAUCUUAUCGUGUGUGCUAUCGAAGAUCCCGGAAUUCCGAAUCCUGCUCGUCAUACGACUAUACUUGGUCAGAGUCUAAGACAGGCCGACAUAACGCACACCAAUCUCUCCGAGAUCCUCAGGAUAUACUUGUACGCUAAUGCUACUGGUGAAGUUAAAGCGCUUACUGGUGUUUCAUUUGAACGUGAUAGAGAGAAAAGAGUAGCAGAUCAUCAUCAAAAUGACUGUGAGAUGCAACAGACUCAAUCUGGUAAGAACGCCAUAUAUUAUGAGCAAUUACAUGAGAACGAAACUUGGAAGAUGUCAGACAUGUUGAAGGACAAGCCUUUCCUUGGGUUAUCACCAACAGACAAAGCAGCGAUUUUGGCUUUUAUUUGCAAUGAGUUGCUACAGAACAAGGCAGUGAUUCGUCAGAUAGAAGGAUCCUUGGAAACUGUGGCGCAUUCCAGAAAGGAAAAAUGGGUAAUAGACGCCAAAGUCAGGAAGUUGCGCAUGCUUCAUAAUCGUAAAAUUAGAACUGAAGCCAUGGAAAAGGCGGCACAUAUAAAAUCUGAAGGAGAAGAGACUGGUAUGGAUUCUCCAGCUUUGCCCAAAGAUGAUUUACUCGAUGAAGAAGAUAAUGAAAUGAGUGAAAGCGAGAGUGUUGGCACGCAACCCGAAGAAGAGGAAGAUAUUAAAUUAUCCGGAGAGGAACUGGGAAAAAAGUUGGAGAAAGUUCUUAAAACAUCAGAUACUCAAUUACAGGUUAUUAAUAGUGCAUCCCAUCAAUUACGAGCGACGUGUUUCGGACAAGACCGCUAUUGGCGUCGUUACUGGUCUCUUCCAAAAGCUGGAGGUGUUUUUAUAGAAGCCAUGGAAUCUGCGGAUCCAGAUAUUUUCAGUGAACAUCUUCUAAGCGAUCAAAAAAUGGGUAUCAACAGCAUUGAAGAUAUAAAGCAUUUAGUUCAAGAUGAACCUAAUCCGAGCGCAGACAAUGAGGUGAGCAAUAUCGUCAGCAAGCAAGAGAUAUGCGAGGAGAAUACUUGUAAAUUAAAUGAGGAAACGGACUGCGAAAGUAAAGUUAUGGACAACAAUGCUAACGAGCAUAGGAAGACACCGAAUAGGUUAGAAAAUGGUGAUGUGGAAGACAAACGCGAUCAUAAUUUAGAUGAAUUACGAAAAAGUGUAGAUCGUAUCGUUCAAAAUCUUGAGAAGAAUAUUGAAUUGGAGAAGGAGAAGGUCGUGGAGAACCAUGUAACCAUAAAAACUGAGCCAGAGGAGACAAAGAAGUUCAAUUUGUUCGAGAAACUUGGUGAAUGUAUGGAACGCGAGAACACCAAAGAAGUCGAUCAGUAUGUGAAACCGGAAGUGAAGGAAGAACUUAAAAACGAGAUUCUUAACGAAUUGAAGACGGAAAUUAAAACAGAGAUUGAAGAGGAUAAACUGGAAAGUGAGAAUAGGUGGUUCAGUAUUCUGAACAGGGAUAGCGUGUCAUGUGAUACUGUGCAUUUAACGGCAGGGAAUAGAUGGGAUAAUGGGGUCGGAGCGUGCACUCGCGAUAAUAUUACGGAACUAAAAAUACCCGUCUUUCCACCACCAAAUUCAAAUUGUUCUUAUAUUGGAAAUACGUGCGAUAGUCCUGCUCCCUUACAAAUCACACCCGAAGAGAGUAUUCAGCUGGAGUAUAUAAAGAAGCAUGGUUUGCCGAAGCCCUGUGAGAGGAAAGGUAUACCAGUUAACAAAAGAUACGGUUGGUGGCGAAUUAGUGAUGUUGAAGAUUUGAAGACGGUAUUAGAAAAUCUUCAUGUACGCGGCGCAAGAGAACGCGAGCUCAAAAGAACAUUUGUUUCCACUAUGCAAACUAUGUACGAACAACCAGGUAGAUUGUUCAUUGAGGAGGGUCAGAAGGAUAUGACUGAAUUGAGCGCUGAUGAUUUUGAUGUGGUUAUGGUGGAAGAUGCUCCGCAGCCGGAUGAGUCGGGAAGUUGGAACAAAGCAGUAGCUCUACGAGUUGAUUUGUUUCUGUUGGAACAAGUGGAAGCUUUAGAGGACAAAGUUGCAAACGCCAGUAUGCAAAUGAAGGGUUGGAAGGUACCUAAUAGAGAUACUGAAAUACCUUCUUCUGAAGCGGUGAACAUAGCGAAGGAGAGGUUGGCAUCUUUGGAGGCAGCUAUAGAGAGGCGAUAUUUGAAACCACCGUUGGGUGUCAAUACGGGUGAUCCCAAUUUGGCUGCUAUUGCGCAGGAGGCAGCCGGAGCUCCGACUCCGGCUCAGCCCAUUCCCGGACCUGAUGAGGUUCCAAAAGGUCUGGCCGUGUGGCGCGAGGCCAUCAACCGUUCUCAGACAUCUGCCCAGCUGGCGAUGUGUCUGUACACCCUCGAGGCGUCCAUCGCUUGGGACAAGAGUAUCAUGAAAGCUGUGAGCCCCUCUCUAGUCUUUAAUAAACAGAGAGCCCGCAAAUAUAACAGCAAGCUGAGUAACUGCCAAUUCUGCAAUAGUGGAGACAACGAGGAUAAGUUACUGUUAUGCGACAGUUGCGACAAAGGGUAUCAUACGUACUGCUUCAAACCAAAACUGGAUACUAUUCCAGACGGUGACUGGUAUUGUCAUGAGUGUAUGAAUAAAGCUACCGGCGAAAAAAACUGUAUCGUAUGUGGUAAAAAACAAUCUUUAUCAAAUACCAGACUAGUAGUGUGUGAGUUGUGUCCAAGAGCUUACCACACUGACUGCAUCCGGCCGCAAUUGAACAAAGUGCCUCGUGGGAAGUGGUAUUGCGUCAAUUGCAUUUCGAAGAAGCCCCAGAAGCGGGCUAUCAAGAAGCAAACUAAAGUUGCUAGGGAGAGUGAGUCUUCCGAGCAACCUCCAUUAAGUCCAGCACCGUCACAUAGUUCGGCAACAACCAAUGAGGACAUCACUGCCCAACAAAAUGUAAAUAUUUGUAACCAGAGCGACGUGUCCAACUCCAGCAUCCAGAAUGCCGGUUCCCCAAUUAACCAGCAGCAACAGCAACAGCAGCAACAACAGCAACAGACGGCAGCGGUAUCUAGAAAAGACAAGGUUUCCAAGAAGGUGAUAAAAGAGCUGGCACCGUGCAAGGCAAUCCUCGAGGACCUCGAGUGUCACGACGAUGCCUGGCCGUUUCUUCUUCCAGUGAACACCAAACAAUUUCCCACCUACAAAAAGAUUAUUAAGAGUCCGAUGGAUCUGAGUACAAUUAAGAAACGCUUAUUGGAUUACACUUAUAAAUCGAAGGAGGACUUUUGCACAGACGUACGACAAAUAUUCAACAAUUGCGAGACGUUCAACGAGGACGACAGUCCAGUGGGCAAAGCUGGACACUGUAUGAGGCAGUUCUUUGAGGCUCGCUGGAACGAAUUGUGCUUGUCGCAUAGUUGAGGUUUACUUUACCCCAAGAGACCCUAUCACAGGAGAGCCCGACCUCCGGAGGACGGUGCUUAAGGAAGACAGUGCGACUUAAAACCCAUACGUUUUGUUUUUAUAUAUGUUGGGAACAAUUCGGGCUAAAACAAAGAUAAAUUAAUACAGGUAUUUCGAAGUGUGUGAUAAAAAAAAUACAUAAUAUGUAAAUGAAGAACAAUGUCUGAAUGUGUAUACCGGGCUUUCUUAAAUGUUGUCCAUAUUAAGGCAUGAUCACAGUUAUUUGUACACAUUAUUGCAUCGAAACUUAAAACAUAUUAGAAGAAUAUAGGCGGAACAAAGGAAAAAAAGCCAUGAUUGAACGACUUAAAUUUUUAUAUAUAUAUUCAAAUUGAAACAAAAAUAUUGUU